AGUUCUUGCACUUAAAAUACGUCUGCCACCUGCGACGCUUCAGUGUUACUACACCGGCAGCGAUGAAUGCGUUUCUUCUGGUAACGUUGCUCCUGGCGGGAGGAGCAACCGCGGGGUUUGUGAAACUUCUCAGCGUUCCUAAACACGACGGCACGAACAGGGUUUGCCGACUGACGAGUAAGUCUGCCUUGGAAGAUGCGAUCCUCACGUCUCCAGUCCUGGUCGUUCGAGUCGUGGAAGAUGUUGUCGAGACAGAGACAGGCUGCCUGGCCGACGAUUACUUCCAGGUCACCGCCCAGUUCAUGAUGCACAGAGAGGUGCAGUUUUGUAACAUCCUUGUUGAUCCCAUCAAGGAACAGCACGCAGCGGCCGUGGGCGACGUUUACAUCUACCGCAACGGAAAGCAGUUCCCAUACUACGGCAAGCGAUCCGCUGAGACUCUCUACGGCGCUAUUCGAGAGGCGACCGAGAGCCAGAUCAAGGUGAUCACGGGCAAGCUCGACAAGUCCGCCUUCGACCAAGUUCAACAAGCCAAGGUUGUUGGAUUCUUUAUGAAAGGAUCCCCCGAAUAUGCCGCAUAUGAAGAUGCAUGGGCUUCCAUAGGCGCGUCAGUCCCAUUCUAUGUUGUCCACGACAGACUUGUUGCAAAGCACAUGAAGCUCAACAUGGUAGGACAAGUCGCGAUCUAUCAGCCAUUUGUGAAGCAGCCUGUGAUCUGCCCAACGAAUCCUGCCAGCCUUCCGGAUAUUUUGACGUUCGUCAAGCAACACAGACGAACUGGACUAAACAUUUUGGACGACUACAACUUGCACGAUCCGGAGAUGAACGACUACAGCCGCAUCAACCUGCUGGCCAUAGCUGAAGUAACCACCACCAAGGGGGCCUACAUGCACCGCCUCUUGAGUCGGAUCAUGAGGAACCAAUCCACCGUCGACCUGAACCUCUUCAACAUCGUCUGGAUUGACCCCCACCAUUUUCCCAUCGUCCACGCCGUAAUGGACCAGCAUGGCCUUACUGGCAAGCUACCAGUCUUCGGAACCUACAACAAAACCACGGGCAAGAAAAUCUGGUUUGACGUGGACAAACUGAACAUGACCGGCGAUAAGCUUGCUGAUGAUGAAAACGCGAGGCUGAUACUGGAAUGGAUGAAGCUCCUUGCAGCAGGACGCCCAGCUCCGAGUCGUCGCUGGUUCUCCGCCGUGCCUGCUUCCCAGACCGUAGCUGAAGGUUCCGACGUAAUUCUGGAAUGCGCUGUAGAACAGCCAUUCGGUGACUGCCUCUGGAUGAAGAACGGGCGCAACAUCGGUUUCAGUUUGAACAGACUGCCUCAUUUAUCAUGGAAGGGUAACAACCUCGGUGGCGAUUGUGGCCUCAUCAUCGCUGGUGUCAAGAAGGGACGCGACGACGGCUCCUGGGUCUGUGAAGUGACCGGCGACUCUGAUCAUGACACCAUCACAUCGCCUGCUGCCCAGCUUAUCAUUGAAGAUGCUCCAAAAGAAGAGUUCUAAGUCCGUCCCAUGCAAGAACAUUCCUGACCUUUGUUCUGUCUUCAUCAGUGCAGGAAGUUGUAUUUAUCCAUUGCAAUAAACGUGUUUAACGUAGA